CAAAAUGGAAGCCGAAAGCACCAAAGCUUCUUCUAAAGCCAAAGUGAAGAUGAAGAAAGUUUUGAUGAAUGAGCACCAUGGUGAUGGGUUGUUAGGUUGUGAUGGCGGUGACAAUAGUGGUGGUUCUUUUGAUGGGAAUGUAAAGAAGAAAAAAUGUGGUCAUAGUGGUGGUGGAGCAACUAGCGGCACAAGGUGUUGUCAGGCUGAGAAGUGCACUGCUGAUCUCACUGAAGCCAAACAAUAUCAUCGGAGGCAUAGAGUGUGUGAGCUCCAUGCAAAGGCUCAAGUUGUGAUUGUUGCCGGAAAUGAGCAAAGAUUUUGUCAACAAUGUAGCCGAUUUCAUGAGCUUCUAGAAUUUGAUGAUACAAAGAGAAGUUGCAGGAGACGUUUGGCUGGACACAAUGAGAGACGUAGAAAGAGUUCAAGUGAGAUUAAAGGUACAAGGAAGACGCUUGCGUGUAUGGAAGCAGAUGGCCGAGAAAUGUUUCAGGGUAGUUGCGAAAGAGAAUGACGCUGCAAAUUAUAUGUGUCUGUAAAACCAUAUGUAAAUUGAACAUAUAUGAAGAUGAAGUCCUUCUCUUAUGGAAUUUCCCCGUACGUAUAUGGUUAACUUCAUAUGAUUUGGUCGAGUUUAUGUAACUUUUGCGUUCAAGUGUUUGAGACAUAUGUAAAAUUAAAGAGUAGUUUAAAAAUAGAUUGGAGUGCGUGUUCACUGCCAUUCUAAAAAAAGUUAUGUAACUUUUGUUGUCUAUGGUGUUUAGAAUGCUCGUUGUUAUGAUAAUAUUUUGAUAUGUGUUUAUA